AUGAGCCAGCCCGACAUUUUCUAUCAACCUCUCAAGGGCGAGACCUCGGGUCUCCCGCAUGACCCAUUCAAGAGCUUUUGCAUCCCCCGACCCAUCGGCUGGAUCAGUACCACCAGCCAAGACGGCAAGAAUAACCUUGCUCCCUUCAGCCAGUUCCAGAAUGUCUCUUUUGACCCGCCGACGAUUCUUUUUAUUGGCCACCAAUCCCUCUACAAGAAGCGCCAGAGGGACACCGUUGCGAACUGCAUCGAGACGAAUGAGUUCGUUUGGAACAUGGCCACUUACGACCUCCGCAAUGAGGUUAAUAACUCCAGCAAGGAGACCUGGGAGGACGAAUUUGAAGAAUUUGGCAUUGAGAAAGCACCAUCGCGGCUUGUGCGCCCACCUCGUGUCGCAAACUCGCCUGUGACGUUCGAGUGCCGCGUACAUAGCAUUGUUCGUAUCGCCAAUGAAUACCACGGUAAGAAAGCAGCUGGCCCACAUUGGGUUGGCAAUUCGGAUAUUGUCAUUGGACGGGUUCUUGGUAUUCAUAUCAAAGGGGAGUAUAUUACCCCGGAUGGUUUGUUCGAUGUGCUCAAGGCCGCGCCGAUUGCGAGGCUGGGAUACCACCAGUAUACUCACAUCGACCAGGUCUGGGAAAUGGUUAUGCCCAUGAUGCCCGACGAUAAAGUCUCUGGCGGCGUGUUGGGUGGGGCGGGUCUUGCUUAUAGUGGUAUUGAGGCAGAUGAGGAGGAGACUGAGGUGCUCAAAUGUUCAAAGUUCCCGUAG